AUGUUGAGAGACACUCGUAGGAACAUCCUUACGUGUGAGGCAUGCAUAUCCGAGAUGGAAGCCUUGCUCAAGGCCAUCGAAAAAAAAGUCAAAAGCCCCCGCCUGACAGGCCUGCCCGCAUUCAUCCGCAAAGUCCGCAAGGAGCACGAGCUCCUGAAACUGGUCGAGUCCGAGCUCGUGGACGGAGAGCAAGACGACGAAGACGGGCUGCAUCUGUUGAACAGAAAGCUCGUGGCCAGUGCCACAAUCGUACAGCAUGCCGCCGUCCACUGGGACAUGCUCAAGCGCUGCCGCUCCCUUGUCGUCGUCGACCAGGCGUUUCAGGGGUCGGCCAAGGAGGAGCGCAAGAGGCAAGUCUCGCAGGUUGCCGGCGACGGGAGGGAGAAGCAGCGGGUGAACAGGACCCUCAAGGAGCAGGCCAAGGUGGAAGUCGACGUGGUCGGGGGAGGGAGCGAGUGGCUCGACAUUCGGUGGCUUCAGGCGGACAGGCUGGCGCGGCAAAUGACCGACUGCGGCUGGGCGUGGGGCGACUACAGCCUUGGAGACGUCGUCGACCGGGAAGAGUGGGAGGACACGCCUCUUGCUAAGCAGGUGAAGCGGCUCGUUGCUGCGGCCAAGAUGAACCGGCACGAGUAUCGGAUUCCCCGUCUACGCAUCGUCUUUCCGAAUCUCAGCAGAGGAGAAAACGAAGAUGUCGAUGUCUUCUUGGAUCAGAUAUGUCAUGUCGACCCCCUAGUCGAGAUCAUCGUCGAAGACAGCAGCAGCGAGUUUAUGAAAACGCCGCCUCCUCCCCUCCAAGAAGCCAUACAAAACCUCAUCGGAAACGAUUUCGACGGCCUGACAGACACCCUGAACAUGGACCACACCAUCCUCGUCGACCUCAUCUCGGACAUCACCCACCUCCAGCUGCAGCCCCAGCCGUGGCAAGCCCAGACGACGCGGCUGCAAAUCGAGGAAGAGGGGAAACACGACGGCGGCGUCAUGGUCCGCGCGCUGUAUCCCGUCCUGCAGGGCCGCACCCUCGUCUGCACGCAGGAAGCAGCAGAACACUUCCACCAAGUCCUCGCCACCGUCGGCACCGCGACGGAAAGGGAGCGCGGGAGGCUCCUGGUGCCCUUUGGCGAUGUAGACACGCGCGACAUGUCAACCGAGGAGAUCCGCAGACGCUUUGCAGAGCUUUCGAUUCACAAACUCCCUGAUGAUCUGCAAGUCCCCAUCAAGAUCCUCGGAGAGACGUGGACGAUGGAUACGGUGACGCAGGCGGUAGCGGACGGACGGCUACCCCAGGUGGCUCUCGACGUGGCCAAGUGCGGCGCUUUCAAGAGCUCCAAGCUGAGCAUCUACAUGUACGGCUGGGCCACGGGCAACAUCACCGUCACGUCGAACAAGGAAGUCCGCGGCCAGAUCCGCACAUGGGUCGAGUCUAACAGACGCCAUGACCAGGAACGCGGCCCGGCUAUCUGGCGCAUCGACGUGACGAGGAACCUGCUGGCCAAGAGCGCCACGCCGCCGUCGACAUUCAAUUCGGAGAACAGCCUGAAUGGGGGCACGACAAUGAGACACAGAUGA